AUGCGCCUAACACCUUAUUUGAAACUACCCCAAAUUCAUGGAAAUUUAUCCCGACAGCUCCUUCGAUUCUCCACGAUUCUGGUUCAGAAUGAGGUCCAAACUCUAUCUUCUGCGCCCAUAUCACUUUCACAACUUGACAUGUAUACCUAUCUGUUGGAAGAAUGUUUGCAAUGCUGCAAGAAAUUGCGGGCAUGCCCCAAGUUCAAUGAAACGCCUAAGAGGCAGAUUGUUUCUUUUAAGGUCAACAAGUUAAUCCAUUCUCAGAGUGUGAAGUUUGGAAUCGCCUCAAAAGGAUUGCUCGGAAAUGCAAUUGUAGAUUUGUAUGCCAAAUGCGGUGAUGUGGAUUUUGCUGAGAAGGCAUUUCACCGGCUUGAGGAAAAGGAUUAUUUGGCUUGGAAUUCGAUUUUAUCUUUGUAUUCAAGUGGCGGGAUGUUUGGGGAAGUUCUUGAACGUUUCAACUCCAUGAGGGAUGGCCGAGUGGCGCCCAACCAGUUUACUUAUUCUAUUGUUUCUUCUGUUUGUGCUAGGUUCAGGAAUCUUGAGCUUGGGAAGCAAAUUCAUUGUUGUGUCAUAAAAAGUGGGUUUGAGUGUGAUUCAUUUUGUGGGGUUUCUUUGAUUGAUCUUUAUUCUAAGUGUGGGGUUUUGUUUGAUGCUAGAAGGGUAUUUGAUCUAUUGAUUCACCCUGACACGAUUUCUUGGACAGCAAUGAUUUCAGCCUAUGUUCUUGGAGGUUUUCCAGAGAGGGCGCUGGAAUGUUUUGAAGCAAUGCGGAGCAUGGGUCAUGUGCCUGACCAGGUGGCAUUUGGGACUGCAAUAAAUACAUGUAUUGGACUUAGAAGGCUUGAUGUUGCUUGGCGAUUAUUCUCAGAAAUGCCUCAUCGAAAUGUUGUCGCAUGGAAUGUGAUGAUAACUGGACAUUGCAAGCUUGGUUUUGAGAUGGAAGCCAUCACAAUAUUUCAGGAAAUGAUAAGAGAUGGUAUCAAACCAACACGAUCAACAUUGGGAAGUGUUCUUAGUGCUAUUGCAGGCAUGGCCAACAUUAAUUUUGGGGUUCAGGUUCAUGCAAAGUCAAUCAAGCUGGGUUUAGGUGCAAAUGUUUAUGUUGGCAGUUCAUUGGUUAGCAUGUAUGGCGGGUGUAAUGACAUGACAGCUGCAAAAGAAGCGUUUGAUGAGACUAAGGAAAAGAAUGUUGUUUUGUGGAAUGCAUUACUGAGAGGUUAUGCCCUAAAUGGUUGCCCUCGUGAAGUAGUGGAAUUAUUGAAGCGAAUGACACUUUCUGGUUUCCAACAUGAUGAAUUUACCUACACCAGUAUACUGAGUGCAUGUGCUAGUUUGGGUAACAAGGAAAUGGGGUGCCAAUUACACUCGCUGAUAAUUAAGAGAAAAUAUGCAUCUAAUUUAUAUGUUGGAAAUGCUUUGGUUGACAUGUAUGCGAAAUGUGGGGUGUUGGAGGAUGCCAAGAGACAGUUUGACCUGAUCGGAGAAAGGGACAAUGUGUCCUGGAAUGCCAUUAUUGUCGGGUAUGUCCAGGAAGAAGAAGAAGAAGAGGCUUUAAACAUGUUUCAUGCAAUGAUGUUGGAAGGGAUAUCACCAGAUGAAGUUUCCUUAGCAAGCAUACUUAGUGCUUGUGCUAAUUUACAUGCUCUAAACAAAGGAGAACAAAUACAUUGCUUCUUGAUUAAGUACGGUCUUGAGACAAGCCUUUAUUCUGGAAGUUCACUUAUUGACAUGUAUUCGAAGUGUGGGGUUGUUGGGGCUGCAGAAGAAGUUUUUUCUUGCAUGCCUGAAAGGACUGUCAUCUCGAUAAAUGCUUUAAUUUCUGGUUAUGCCCCAAGUGACCCAGGGAAGACAAUCAGCAUGUUUAGAUAUAUGCUCGUUCAGGGACUAAAACCUUCUGACGUCACAUUUGCUUGCCUUCUUGAUGCCUGUACUGAUUAUUCUACAAUCCACCUUGGUAGGCAAAUCCACUGUUUCAUUCUUAAGUUUGGAACCUCAAUCGUUGAUGAGUUCUUAGCUAUUUCUGUCCUACUAAUGUACUUGAAUUCACAAAGCAAAACAGAAGCUAUUGUUCUGUUCUCUGAGUUGCCCAAUCCAAAGAGCCCAAUUUUGUGGACUGCAUUAAUAUCAGGGCUUGCUCAAAAUGGUUUCAGUCAGGACGCAUUUAACUAUUAUCAUGAAAUGCGGUUAUGUGAUACCAUGCUUGAUCAAGCAACAUUUGCUAGCACCCUUAAAGCAUGCUCAGUAAGAGCUUCUUUGCAGGAUGGUAGGAAGAUUCAUUCGCUCAUUGUUCGAACUGGUUUUAGCAAAGAUGAACUUGUAAGCAGUGCCCUUCUUGACAUGUAUGCAAAAUGUGGGGAUGUUAGGAGUUCAGAGAACGUCUUUGCUGAAAUGGCUCAAAAAAAGGAUGUCAUACCUUGGAACUCGAUGAUAGUUGGAUAUGCGAAAAACGGUUUUGCAGAAAAUGCCUUGAGAACAUUUGAGGAAAUGAAAUGUAGAAAUAUAAUGCCUGAUGAAGUGACACUCCUGGGUAUCCUGACUGCUUGCAGUCAUUCAGGUAUGGUCACUGAAGGCCGACAAAUAUUCGACGAUCUGGUCAUCCAUUAUGGGGUUCAACCAAGAGCUGACCACUAUGCUUGUAUGGUUGAUGUUUAUGGACGAUGGGGCUUUUUAAAGGAGGCUGAGGAGUUCAUUGAGAAACUAAAACUUGAACCUGAUCCUAUGAUAUGGUCUACGUACCUCUCUGCAUGCAGAUUGCAUGGAGAUGAUAUACGAGGACUUCACGCAGCAAAGAAACUCAUUGAGUUGGAUCCCCAAAGUUCAUCCCUUUAUGUCCAGCUUUGUAAUAUGUAUGCAGCAUCAGGUAACUGGGAGGGAGUUAAUUCCUUGAGAAAGGAAAUGAUUGAAAAAGGAGUGAGAAAGUUGCCCGGAUGCACUUGGAUGUAG